AUAAUAUGCAGUCAACUAAGACAAUCAUAUGUUGAUUUCCUCAAAAACAGUCACUAUCAGAGUGUUCUGUUCAGAGUUGUUGAUGCAGAAACCUUGACUAACAUCUAAGAUCUGGGAAAGUAGGGAAAGUGCUCAAAUGUAUAUGACCCCUUUUUACCUCAUUACACCUGCAUGGAAUUUUCUUGAAACGACUGCACUUCCACAAACUUUCUGGUGUGAUCACAUGCACUGUAAUGUUUCUGCUCUUUCUUCUUUCUCUUUCCUCAUCACUCUUUGUUUUUCUGUGGUGUUGUGGUGUUUCUUUGGUGCAGGACUGUGAUGUGGAGGUUAAAGAAUUUCUCUUGGACAGUGACCCUCAGCAGACUGCCUCCUCUUCGGCACUCAGAGAAGGAAAUAAGCAGGCUCAGAUGGAAGAGGCCCCACGCGUUCCUGGAGAAACCAUCAAAGCUAUUGUCAAGGACGUCAUGUAUAUCUGUCCGUUCUCUGGGGUCGUGAGGGGAACUCUAACCAUCACUGACUACAAGCUCUUCUUUAAAAGCCUGGUGCGGGAUCCUGCGUUUGUGCUGGAUGUGAAUCUUGGAGCCAUUAGCAGACUGGAGUCUAUCGCCGUUCAGAGUCAUGGAGAGAACACUCAAGGGCUUGAGAUCGUUUGCAAGGACUUGAGAAACCCCCGGUUUGCGUACAGGAAGGAGGGACAGAGCAAUUUGGAGGUGUUUGAAAUACUGUCAAAGUACGCAUUCCCUCUCUUCCACAACCUGCCUCUCUUUGCCUUUAAGUACCGAGAGUCAUUUCCAGAAGAUGGCUGGAAGAUCUACGACCCAGUCGCUGAGUAUAAGAGGCAGGGUCUUCCAAACGAGAGCUGGAUCAUCAGUAAAGUCAACAGCAGUUACGAGGUGUGCGAGACGUAUCCCGCUCUGCUGGUCCUUCCUUCAAACGUCACAGAGGACGAACUGAAGAGAGUGGCGGCCUUUAGGGCCAAACGCCGUUUCCCAGUAAGAUAACUAAUUAUUUUAAAUUGAAAAGGAGAGUUUAGUUUUCUUUAUGGUCCUUCGUUUGACAAAUUAA